AUGUUCGGAAAGCUCUUCCAGAUCGGCAAAAUCUUCGUGGUUGUCGUCCACCGCAUCUGCACAGCCCUACGCAUGCUCCUGACACAGCAACUCCACCGUCUCACCUACCAAGCUGUCGAGCAUCCACGCAAUGUAUUCGUGAUCGGAGCUUCGUUUGCGGGCUAUCAUGUUGCGCGAUGCUUGGCAAAUUCGCUUCCUACCGGUUAUCGUGUUGUCGUGAUCGAGAAGCAUACGCAUUUCCACUUCACGUGGAUCUUACCUGAAGUCUGCGCCAACGGGCUCGUGGACAUGGGUGACCGAUACAGUGCAACGGAUUGUUCCGGGUGGGAAAGGGGGGGCUCGGGGAAGGUGGAGCUUAAGUCUGGCGAGUCGGUAGACUAUGAGUAUCUGGUCAUUGCAACGGGUGCAUCGGCUGGUCUCCCGUCGAGGGUUCCUGUCAGCAGCAAGCAGGAAGGUAUGAAUAUGCUAGAGGAUGAACAGGAGAAGUUGCGUGUUGCGAAUGACGUGGUUGUUAUCGGCGGUGGAGAUGCUGGGGUGGAGCUCGCAGCGGAUGCGAAGGCGCGAUAUCCGGAGAAGAAUGUUACUUUGGUGCAUCCACGACAGCGACUGCUGAAUAGUCACUAUGGCGAUCAAGUUGGACAGAUUGCUUCGAGGGAGCUGAGGACAUUGGGAGUGAACGUCCGUCUCGGAGAGAGGGCGACGCUAGAUGCAGAGCAGACUCAAUCUAUCUGA